AUGGUUACAAAAUUUGUACGCAUUGGUAUUGCUGACAAAAACGAUUCACCGCCAUAUUUCGAUAGAUUUCUAUACGAGACUGAAAUCGAUGAAAGUGCCGAUUUGCAAACAUCCGUGCUCACUGUCAACGCCAAGGAUCACAAUGAGUCGACGAAUAUUCGAUACCAGAUCACAGGCGGUAACAUAGGAAAUGCCUUUGGCGUACAGAAUACAACCGGCAUUAUCUAUGUGGCCCAACCACUAGACUAUGAAACGCGGCCAAGGUACGAGUUACGCUUGGAGGCAACGCGAAAUCGUAAAAAUAACUACACCACCGUUGUGAUCAAUGUACGCGAUGUUAACGAUAAUCCACCGGUAUUCGAUCGUCAAACAUAUCGCACACAAAUCACUGAGGAAGACGAUCGGAACUUGCCCAAACGCAUUUUACAGGUUACUGCCACUGAUGGCGAUGUAGAUAGACCAAUAAAUAUUGUAUAUUUCCUUACUGGUCAGGGUAUUGACCCAGAUAAUCCAGCAAAUAGUAAAUUUGAUAUAAAUCGCACCACGGGCGAUAUUUUUGUACUGAAGCCCUUGGACCGUGAUCAACCGAAUGGACGACCGCAAUGGCGUUUUACCGUAUUCGCCCAGGAUGAGGGCGGUGAAGGACUUGUCGGCUAUGCAGACAUUCAAGUUAAUCUCAAGGACAUCAAUGACAAUGCCCCACAGUUUCCGCAGGGCAUUUACUUUGGUAAUGUCACCGAGAAUGGCACCGCCGGCAGUCCAGUGAUGACAAUGUCGGCCAUCGACUAUGACGAUCCCAACGAGAGCACCAAUGCGAAACUAAUCUAUUCCAUUGAGAAGAAUGUCAUCGAAGAGGAGACGGGUGCGCCCAUCUUUGAAAUUGAGCCCGAAACGGGUAUCAUUAAGACGGCUGUUUGCUGUUUGGAUAGAGAGCGUACCCCGGACUACUCCAUUCAGGUGGUGGCCAUGGAUGGUGGUGGACUAAAGGGUACUGGUACCGCCUCCAUACGAGUGAGGGAUCUCAACGAUAUGCCACCACAAUUCACCAAAGAUGAGUGGUUCACCGAGGUGGAUGAAACGAAUGGCACUUUUAUACCCGAGACACCCAUUUUGACUGUAACAGUUCAAGAUGAGGAUGAGACGAAUACAUUUCAAUAUAAAGUUGUGCCAAAUAGUGGUUUCGGGGCCGAUAAAUUUGCCAUGGUCCGCAAUGCCGAUGGCACCGGCUCACUGAAGAUCAUCCAGCCACUCGAUUACGAGGAUCCAUUGCAAAGCAGUGGUUUUCGUUUUCGCAUUCAAGUAAACGAUAAGGGGGAAGAUGAUAGUAGUGACAAAUAUCAUGUGGCCUACUCCUGGGUGGUUGUCAAAGUGAGAGAUAUCAACGAUAAUGUUCCACGCUUUGAGCGUGAUCACAUCGAAGUCUCCAUCUAUGAGGACACCAAAGUUGGCACAAUUCUGGAACAAUUUCGUGCCACAGAUGCCGAUCAAGGUGGUCACUCCAAGGUCAACUAUAAAAUUGUUCGUGCCACAAAUCGCCAACGGCAAUUCGCCAUUAGUAAUAAGGGAGCUGUGAGCAUUCAAAGGCCAUUGGAUCGAGAAACUUUGGAUCGCCAUCAUGUGCAAAUAUUGGCCAUCGAUGAUGGCAAUCCAGUGGCACGCACAGCAACGGCCACUCUAACUGUCAUUGUCAAGGAUGUGAAUGAUAAUGCUCCGACAUUUGCCCAGGAUUAUCGACCCACUUUGCCCGAGAACGUUGAGGGGAGAAAAAUAAUUGAAAUUGCAGCCAAAGAUUUGGAUGAUCGACAGCGGGGCAAUGCUGGCCCAUUCACAUUUCGAUUAGAUCCUCUAGCAAGCGAAGAGAUACGAACUGGUUUUAAAGUGGAUUACGAUCGAAGAGGUGACAGUGGCAAUGGUGUGGCUAUUAUAUCAUCACUGCGAUCCUUUGAUCGUGAGGUCAAGAAAACCUUUGCUAUACCCAUUGAAAUCAAGGAUAAUGGUGCUCCAGCUAUGACGGGAACAAGUACUCUAAUACUAACCAUUGGCGAUGUGAAUGAUAAUAAAAUGCAGGCGGGUAGCAAAUCGGUUUUGGUCUACAACUAUCAAGGACAAUCGCAGGAUACUCCCAUAGGGAGAGUAUAUGUGAAUGAUCCUGAUGAUUGGGAUGUCCCUGAUAAGAAAUAUUAUUGGGAGGCUCAGGAGCAUCAACGUUUCAAACUAGAUACGGAUACGGGUAUACUAACAAUGCGAGCUGGCACACGGCGUGGAAAUUACAAAUUGAGAUUUAAGGUCUAUGAUCGUGAACACGAUCAGGAAGAUAUACCAGCCAAUUUGAGUGUCACGGUAAGAGAUAUUACUGCUGAGGCAGUGCAGCAAGCUGGUUCCAUGCGUUUGGCUCACAUAACCGAUGAGGAUUUCGUGAGAACAUGGAAUGCCUUAAAAGGAGAAGUGGAACUUUCGAAACUUGAAAGGUUUCGAAAUAAACUGGCCGAGCUAUUGUACACCGAUCGCGAAAAUGUUGAUGUAUUUAGUGUGCAGUUGAACAAAGACUUACCCCAUCCGAUAACUGAUGUUCAUUUUGCGGCAAGAUCUGCCCAUCAGCAGCCCUACUUUAAGGCAGUGCGACUGAAUGGCAUAGUGCAAAUGCAUCGCGAGGAGAUUGAACAGGAUGUGGGCCUCAAUAUAACCAUGGUCAAUAUCAACGAAUGCCUACAGGAGGGAAAAGGUAAAUGCGGUUUGAGCUCUUGCACUUCUCGCAGUGAAUUGGGCAAACGUCCAUACACGGUGAGUGUGAAUCGCACCGCUCUGGUGGGUGUUCGCAUCGAGAUCAGUGCCCAGUGCACAUGUCGCGCGAGAAAUUUCACAACAACUCAAGACAAUAACUCCUACAAUUGUCGUACACACUAUUGCUACAAUGGAGGUCGCUGUGUGGAGACUCGAAAUGGUCCCAAAUGUGUUGCUUGCCCCGUGGGUUACAAUGGUCCACGGUGUCAGCAGUCGACGCGUAGUUUUCGCGGCAAUGGAUGGGCCUGGUAUCCUCCACUGGAACUCUGUACCGAAUCCCAUUUAAGUCUUGAGUUUAUCACUCGACAGGCUGAUGGGUUGAUCUUGUACAAUGGUCCCAUUGUGCCACCCAAAAUAAAAGAUUCAAUAGUGAGUGACUUUAUAGCCAUUGAAUUAGAACAGGGUUAUCCCAGAUUACUGAUCGAUUUUGGAUCUGGUACUUUGGAGUUGCGUGUGAAGACGAAGAAAACUCUAGACGAUGGUGUCUGGCAUCGUUUGGAUAUUUUUUGGGAUACAGAAAAUGUUCGCAUGGUUGUGGACUUUUGCCGCUCGGCCAUGAUCUCCGAAAUGGAAGAUGGCAGUUCCCCAGAAUUCGAUGACAAUGCCUGUCAGGCACGUGGUCAGAUACCACCAUUUGCAGAGACUUUGAAUGUGAAUCAACCAUUGCAAUUGGGCGGCUUGUAUAGACAAUAUUUCGAUCAGACUUUAUACAAUUGGCAGUACGCCUUCACUUCCAAAGGUUUCGACGGAUGCAUUCGAAACUUGAUACACAAUUCAGAGCAUUAUGAUUUGGCCUUUCCUGCCCUAGCCCGAAACAGCUAUCCCUCGUGUCCGCAAACGGACGAGGUCUGCCUGAAAACCGAACACACGGCACGCUGUUGGGAGCACGGCAAUUGUGUGGCAAGUAUGGUGCAAGCCAAAUGUCAUUGUCAACCCGGCUGGAUGGGUCCAGGUUGCAACGUUCCCACCAUUCCAACCACUUUCAAGCCACAGAGCUAUGUGAAAUUUGCUCUAAGCUUCGAACCGGAUCGAUUUAGUACUCAGCUUCAGCUACGUUUUCGUACCCGCGAACAGAGUGGUGAACUAUUUCGCGUCAGCGAUCAACAUCAACGGGAAUAUGCCAUAUUGGAGCUUAGACGCGGCCAUCUGCAGUUUCGUUAUAAUCUAAAUUCGUUGAGAAAUGAAGAGCAACUUCUGGGCUUGACAUCCAUUUCUGUCAAUGAUGGGCAAUGGCACGUGAUACGCAUUAGUCGCUAUGGUUCAGCUGCUCUUAUGGAGCUCGAUGGAGGCGAGUCACGUCGUUACAAUGAAUCCUUUCACUACGUAGGCCAUCAAUGGUUGAGCAUUGAUAAGCAGGAGGGCGUCUAUGCUGGAGGCAAGGCAGAAUAUACGGGCGUCAAAACGUUUGAGGUGCAAUCGGAUUUCCAAAAAAGCUGUCUCGACGAUAUCAGAUUGGAUGGCAAACAUUUGCCUUUACCGCCGGCCAUGAAUGGCACCCAAUGGGGUCAGGCCACAAUGGCUAGAAAUUUGGAGCGUAAUUGUCCAUCGAAUAGGCCAUGCUCCAAUGUCAUCUGUCCGGAUCCGUUCGAUUGUGUUGAUUUAUGGAAUGAAUAUGAGUGCACUUGCAGCGAAGGACGUAUUAUGUCAACAGAUUCCAAGGGAUGUGUCGAUCGGAAUGAAUGUCUGGAUAUGCCAUGCCUGAAUGGGGCCACAUGCAUCAAUCUGGAGCCGCGGUUACGUUAUCGUUGCAUUUGCCCCGAGGGCUACUGGGGCGAAAACUGUGAGCUAGUCCAGGAGGGCCAACGUUUGAAGCUAAGCAUGGGUGCACUUGGAGCAAUAUUCGUUUGCCUGAUUAUCAUAUUGAUCCUUGCCCUGAUUUUUGUUCUGUACAAUCGCAAACGCAAAACGACCAAAAAGAAGAAACGCUCCGGUCCCGAGAAGGAUGUACGUGAAACUGUCAUCAGCUAUGAGGAUGAGGGUGGCGGUGAAGAUGAUAUGACUGCAUUCGACAUAACCCCAUUACAAAUACCAAUCAGUGCACAAGGUGGUGGAUCCAUGCCACCCGAUAUAGCCACUUGCAAGAUGCCCAUUAUUUACCCUGUGAUGACAUUGCUGCCACCGGGUCAAGAGUUGAAUGUGGCCUAUCUGAUGGAGGAGCGUAAAGUGCGCAUGGAUAAAGAUGUGAAUGCUCCGCCCUUCGAUGACCUAAGAAACUUCACCUUUGAGGGCAGCGGCAGCAUAGCCGAAUCGCUCAGCUCAUUGGCAUCAGGCACCGAUGAUGAGAAUCAAGACUUUAACUAUUUACAAAAUUGGGGUCCACGUUUCAAUGCUUUGGCCGCGAUGUACGUGCAGGAUAAGACGAAAGUCAAACAGCAGCAGCAGGAUGCAGCCGCAGCAGGAUCCGGAGCAGCAGCAAUAGGGGCAGCUUCAACAUCCUCAGACAAUGUCCUUUCUGUGGUGGCGAUGGGCAGUGGUGCUGGGCCCGGUGGUGGUGGAGGUGGUGUCAGAACAUCUGAAAAACUAGAUGAAACUAAACUUGUAUUAUAAGAAACAUAAGAAACUCAAAAAAAAAAAAAUAGUUGACCUAAGUUGUAGUUUAAAAAAAAAAAAAUUAUAAUGUGUAUGUAAUUUAAAUGUGCAUUUCUCCAACCCAAUGUAUGUAAGUAUAUUAUAUCGUAAUAAUGUAUGUCUGUGUGUGAGUUUUUAGUGUUUAAACAAUGACUUAAAUAGAGCCAAUUUAGUAUUAAGUUAUCGUUGUAAGAACUAGCGAAUCUUUUCCCCUGAUGCAACAUCAAAAGUAUUCUAUAAAAUAUAUCUAAACCAUUUUACUAAGUUCCUCUUCCCGUAAC